AUGCUACCCAGGAAUAAAUCCAAAUUAUUAUUAUUCUUGCAGACCCGAUUUCUGUCUAUAUAAAAGUGUGACCUUGUCGCUUAGAAGCCUUGCACAAGCACAAUAUAGGGAAGAUGGGUCUCCACACUGAAACCUACAUCUCCUUUAACGUUGUACAUGUUAUAUGAGUAAACACUGUGGGAUGUGUCGUAUUGUUUAUAGUACUUUUCUGAAAAGACUAGGCUAAAGUCUAACUCUUUGCAUAACUUUCUUCACAGGUUCGAAAGCGUUCAAGGAAUUGGAUGGCAUAAUCACAAGAAAGUUUUUGCUGAAGGACAUCCCAAAAUUGUCCCCUGACAAACACACAUCCCUUGUCGAGGUCCUUCAUAAAGUGGAUAUCUAUUUUGCACCAAAACACACACAUUUUUUCUACCAGGGAAUGAAAGCAAGG